UGGCCGUCUGUUUGCAUGUUUGGUAGAGCUGUGCCUGUCUCUGUGUGGGCUGUGAAUGUGUGAGGCGGGUGUGUCUUCUUGUGAGGGAGGAAGUGAGGUUGGAGGGGAUUAGUCAUUCUGCAGGAUUUUGCCUAGCAUGGCCAGAUGGCUGCUCUGGGCUUUCCUCUCCGUGCUGGGUGGAGGGAGCUUCCACUGAACCCUGCUCAUUCCGGAGAAAAUGGGUGAACUGCCCUUAGAUAUCAACAUUCAGGAACCUCGCUGGGACCAAAGCACUUUCCUGGGCAGAGCCCGGCACUUUUUCGCUGUUACUGACCCCCGAAACCUGUUGCUGUCUGGGGCACAGCUGGAAGCUUCCCAGAAUAUUGUGCAGAACUACAGGGCUGGUGUGGUAACCCCAGGACUCACCGAGGACCAGCUAUGGCAGGCCAAGUAUGUGUAUGACUCUGCCUUCCAUCCAGACACAGGAGAGAAGGUGAUCCUCAUUGGCCGGAUGUCUGCCCAGGUGCCCAUGAACAUGACCAUCACGGGCUGCAUGCUCACCUUCUACAGGCAGACCCCCACUGUGGUGUUCUGGCAGUGGGUGAAUCAGUCCUUCAAUGCCAUCGUUAACUACUCCAACCGCAGCGGUGAUGCGCCCAUCUCAGUGCGGCAGCUAGGCACUGCUUAUAUGAGUGCCACCACAGGAGCUGUGGCCACAGCUCUGGGACUCAAAUCUCUUACCAAGCACCUUCCUACCUUGGUUGGCAGAUUUGUGCCCUUUGCGGCGGUGGCUGCUGCCAACUGCAUCAACAUCCCCCUGAUGAGGCAGCGGGAGCUGCAAGUGGGCAUCCCAGUGACUGAUGAGGCCGGACAGAGACUGGGCCACUCGGUCACUGCAGCCAAGCAGGGUAUCUUCCAGGUGGUGAUAUCAAGGAUUGGGAUGGCCAUCCCUGCCAUGGCCAUUCCCCCAGUGAUCAUGGACACGCUGGAGAAGAAGGACUUCCUGAAGUGCCGGCCCUGGCUGGGGGCGCCCCUGCAGGUGGGGCUGGUGGGCUUCUGCCUGGUAUUUGCCACCCCUCUGUGCUGUGCCCUGUUCCCCCAGAGGAGCUCCAUACAUGUGAGCAGACUGGAGCCGGAGCUGAGGGCCCAGAUCCAUGAGCAAAAUCCCAGCAUCGAGGUGGUUUACUACAACAAGGGGCUUUGAUGAAGCUCAGUCCCUUCCUUACUCCCUGGGCUGCUGCUUCAGGCCCACUUUGCUGUCUCUGCCGCUUGCCCAUCUGCCUGGUACUCUUCAGCGAACGUGGUAGGACAGUAGCCAUCGAGACCAGCCGUCCAGUAAGCUGAACAAGGAACCCUUUUCUCUCUCCUCUCUGGUUUCAAAAAAGCAGAGUCACACGAUCCUUUCUGGACUACCUAUACACAUACGAUCCUUGUAUGUGUUUAUACUUUUGGUCCUGGCAGCUAAGAGCAGACAUGCCAUCCUUGGGUAGUCUGAUUGUCUGGCUUCCCAGGUUACAGGUGGGACUUCUUUCCCUAAACCAUUCCACUGGCCAUGUCACUUCUGACAGCAUGGCACCAACAUGGGCUGGAUCAUUCAGGUUUCUGAUAACCUGGCUUCCAAAACUGGCUCAAGACCUGAGCUAGCAGAGGAAGGCAGAUUGGGACCAGGAAGUGGGGGGCUUAUGCACCCCUCAGUGCCACCCCACAUAUCCUGGAGUAGCUCCAUCUCUUCUGUUCAAAACAAAAGAGCUGUAUCCACCUGCCCCCCUACACUGCCACACGGCAUCUGCGGCAUAACUGUAGAAGUUCUCAGCCUGCUCUAGCACUGACUCAAGGAGCCCAGCUCCUCUGUCAACCUGAAAGCCACACAGGCACACAGGCAGAGUGAGCAUCCUCUCCAGGAGCUGCCGCUGUGCUCCCUGCCGAGGGACUCAAGUGGGAAAGGUGCUCCCCCCCAAUAUCCCACAUGUGCAAUCUAGCGGUGGGUCAUUGUCCCAUCUGCCUUUGUUGGACAUUGCCACAGCCCUCGUCUUAACCCCUUCCCUUCCUUUCCUUUUCUCUCACUGGGUGCUGGGGACAGAACCCAGGGCUUUGCAUAAGCUAGGCCAGUCUUCUACCACUAAGCCCCACCCCUCGUCUGGCCUGCUCUCUUGGGGCUUGGACCUUUUCCAUCUGCUGUCAUCUCCAAGGGGAGGGCUGGGGCCUCGAUGGAUAAGCCAAAUGGAACAGGUAGUGGUGAGUCCGGAGUGUAGCCUGGAUGAUCGAGACUCCAGUUCCUAUUCCCUGUGGCAGAAGACCAGAGUGGGGCACAGCAGAGGCCCCCUGGGAACCUGAGAGAUCACUUCCUGCUUCUGUAACCACUGCCCUGAAGGCCAACAGCUUCCACACGCUGGUCAGUCAAUAAACUGCAACCCUGUCUA